AUGACCUCUACUUCUAAGGACGAACUCGUUACCCUAGCCUCGGCUGGAGACCCGAGCCAGUUGGAGGCUAUCCUUUCGAAAGAAGAAGAGUCUCCACCAGAUGAGACUGUGCAAGAGCUUCUCGCAACAGCCGCAAAGGAGUCCCAUCCCGAUGUAGUCAGUUUUCUCUUGACGAAGUACGCGUCGGUUUCUCUGAACGAGGAAAUUGUCAAAAGUGCAGUCAACUCAGGUUCAAUUCUGAUUAUGAAAGCUCUGUUAGCGCGAGAACCUUUAGCAAUCAACAUGCCGUUCGACCAUUAUGGCUCCCCCCUUAUCGUGGCCUGCAUGAGACGAAAGAAUAUAGACUAUCUUCAAUAUCUUCUUGAAACCGGUGCUGACCCGAAUCAAGACCCGGACGCAGCUACAUUCCCUCUAGCCAUAGUCGCUGCACUUUACAAGGACCCCGCCGUCAUCGACAUACUGCUGCAACAUGGCGCUAAGCUCGAGCACUCAGGUGCUCUGGGAGCUUCUGCUCGACUGGGGAACGAAGCUAUGAUGGGCCGUUUGCUGGAGCGUGGGGCACGACUCGAAACUGAUGCUGUCCGUCCGUCAGAGCGUGGAUCGCCUCUUCAUACGGCUGUUGGGGCUGGACAUGUCGGCGUCACCAAGAUGCUUCUGCAGCAUGGCGCUGAUCCUAAAGCUUUCGAUGGAAAUGGUAUGAUGCCUGUUGAAAUCGCUAAGAAGAUGCAAGAGAAAGGUAAAGACAUGUCGCAAAUAUUAGAGCUUCUUGGGUAUAAAUAG